AUGUCUUCGCUGCGUCGCCAAUCUCCCAUGGUUUCAUCUCCGGCCAAAAAGAGGAAUCACGCUCCCAACAAUCCCGCAACUCCGAGACCAAUCCGUAACCGUCUUCCUUCAUUCCUAAAACCAGGCGCCGCUGUGGAGAUCAGCACCAACGACAUAGGUUUCCGCGGCUCGUGGGAACUGGGGAAGGUGAUCACCCUCCCAUCCUCAGAUUCCCUCAAGUGCCAGGUGGAGUACACGUCAAUGUUAGACGAUGACGGGAGGAAACUUCUCAAGGAAGUUGUCCACGUGGAUCAUCUUCGUCCUCCGCUUCCGCCGAUGUCUGAGAGGGAGAAGAAGAAGGAUAUCGUGGUUGGGGAUGACGUGGAGGCUUUUUACAAUGAAGGUUGGUGGGAAGGGACGGUUACGGAGGUUAGGGUUGGCGAUGGGAAGUUCAGUGUUUACUUCAGAGGCUCCCAGGAACAGAUUCAGUUUCGUAGAGAUGAAUUACGGUUUCAUCGCGAGUGGAUGAACGACACGUGGAAGCCUCCCUUAGAUGAAACUGAAGAGGAAGAAUCAGAUGAAGAGGAAGUAGACGAAGAGUAUCUUAUACCACAAGUGGAUCCGGAAACUACUAAGUCAAUUGCGAAAGAGAUGUUUUCCAGUGGUAAAGUUGUUGAAGUUACCAGCGACGAGGAAGGUUUCGUUGGAUGUUGGUUUGCGGCUAAAGUCGUUGAACGUAUUAGCGAAGACAAAUACAUGAUCGAGUACAAAGACUUGCGGGAAGCAAAUGGUAUUGAGCCUUUGAGAGAAGAAGCUGACGUUCUGCACAUAAGGCCACCACCACCAAGUGAUGAGGAUAUAGACUUUGCUGUUGGGGACAAGAUUGAUGCUUUCUACAACGACGGCUGGUGGGUAGGUGAUGUUAUAGAGAGUAUGAAGGAUGGAAGUGUUGGUAUCUUUUUCAGGCAAACUAGAGAGAGGAUGCGGUUUGGAAGGCAGGGACUUCGUCUGCAUAAGGACUGGGUUAACGGGACUUGGGAGCUGCCACUGAAAAGAGGAGAGGUGAAGAGGGCAAGGGUGGUGGAGAAAGUUCCAUGUGAACGGAACGUGAGACCUAAAAGAGCAAUCGACAAGCAAUAUUUCAGCAUUGGAACUCCAGUGGAAGUUAGCAGUAUUGAAGAAGGGUUUGAAGAUUCUUGGUUUCUUGCGAAACUUAUUGAAUACAGAGGAGCAGACAAAUGCCUUGUGGAGUAUGAUAAGCUGAAAGCUGAAGAUGGGAAAGAGCCCUUGAGAGAAGAGGUUAAUGUUUUUCAGAUAAGGCCUCAGCCACUAGAGAUGGUCAUGGUUAAUCCGUUCGAGAAGCUUGAUAAAGUUAAUGCUUUGUAUAAUGAUGGAUGGUGGAUCGGGGUGGUUAAAAAGAUUCUUGCUAAGUCCAGCUACCUGGUUCAUUUCUCGAAAACUGAUGAGGUGUUAAAAUUUCAUCAUUGUCAACUAAGACUACAUCAGGAAUGGAGUGAUGGCAAGUGGAUAACAUCUUCCAAGGUAUGCUAA